AUGCCCCGUCCAUCCAGCGACACAGCAACCUCCUCUGGCCCAUCCCAACACCCAUUCUUCCGUGGCAACAUCGGCCCUCCCCUACGCACCUUUACAGACGCCGCAGCCGCACCAGCAGCACACACCCGCAUCCUCCCCGCCAUAAAACACGACCACCGCGAACUAGAAGCCCACAUCUACAAGAUCCUCCACUCCACAGACCCAGACGAACAAACCCGCUACAAGAACCAAUUCAUCUGGGAACUAGCCCGACACACCAUCGGCGAGGAGCUAGUCGUCUACCCCGCACUAGCCAAGUACGUCAAGCAAGGCCAAGACCUCGCCGACAAGAACCGGUCCGAACAUCAGGAUAUGAAGCGGCAGUUGAAGAACUUUCAGGGGUUGUCUGCGACGGAUGCACAGUUUAAGCCGGCGUUGCAGGGUCUGUUGAAGGAUUUGGAGCGACAUAUUGAGCAGGAGGAGGGAGAGGAUUUGGUUAGAUUGGAGGAAGUGCUUUCUAGGGCGGAGAGUGAGGCGUUGAGUAGGUCGUUGGAUCGGACGAAGAUGUUUGUGCCGUCGAGGUCGCAUCCUACGGCGCCGAAUAAGCCGCCGUUUGAGACGGCGGUGGGAUUGUUGACGGCGCCGGUUGAUAUAGUUGCUGAUUUGUUUCGGAAGUGGCCUCAUCCUGACGAGGAUGAGGCGAAGGGCAGGAAGACAUCUAUCGUUCAGUAG